UUCAAUUUUAUCCCGAUAGGGGGCGUUGUGCCCCCAUUACGUCGACCAGGCGUGAGGCGCGUCCGUGACAACCACAACAGACGGAGACAUCUUGUGCUGGUGCACUGCAUGGUGGUUCCUGUGUAGUAUUAUAUACAAACGACUAGAAUAUUUCUCACAUCAGACAAUCGAUCCAGCAAAUCUCUUCUGUUUACUACCCAAGGGUAACAAUGGCGGAGAAGCGCAGAUCGGGUGGGACUGCGCCGGUUCUGCCCGAGGUCAAACCAACCCAGUCAGAGAGCGACAGGCUGCUCCUCUCUCAGCUCGGAGUCGGGGAGCUGCUCCGCGGGGCAAUUCUGAAGAUGGUGGAAGCCAGGUCGGACGACCCCAUCGGGUUCCUGGCGGACCACUUCUGCAACCUCGCCUCCGUGUCGGAGAGCGUCGGGACGCCCGGCGUCUCUGACGGUGACCAGGUGAACGGCGUGCCGAGCGCAUGCGCACAGGAGCAGCAGCAUCUCAACAGAGCUCUGUGGCAUCUGCGACUAGCCCAUCACUCCCAACGGUCUGUCCUAUUUAAAAUCAUCAGCUCCGCCUUCAGCAACAACCUGCUGCUGGCCUACGACCUGUUGAGCCACCCCACCUCCGCGCCCCCCGGGGGCCGCCCCGACCCCGCCGCCUCGGAGGGGCCCCCGGGGGAGGGCUGCCCAGGGGCCGGCGGAGGGGUGCGGGGGGGGCUGUACACCCAGACGCUCCAGUGCCUGUGCAGCGAGGGGGGGGUCCCGGCCUCCACCUCGGCCCCGCUCCUUCGCCGGCUGCACUGCCAGGCCCACGAGGCCGUGCCCUACGACCUCUUCCGGCAGGGCGUGCUCACCUGUGCCGUGUUCUCCGACUACAUCCGCCAGGCGCAGCGGCUCUACGCCCAGGUGGGCUGCCCGGCCGAGGGCCCCGCGUCCCGGGCCCUCUGCCUGGCCGUGCUGGGGACCCUGCAGGAGGCCCUGGAGACGUCGCAGGGCCCCGGGGCCCAGCGCUCCCCCAACGCCAACAACGCCAACGCCGCCCCGGAGGCUAACCUGAAGGCUAACCGCUACCUGGAGGCCAGCGCGAAGAUGUCCUCCCACAAGGUGGCCCAGGUCAUGGCCCGGGGGGGGCGGGCCCCGGGGCCCGGGGGGAACAUGGACGCCAAGGAGUUUGAGAACGCGGCGGCAGAGCUCUUCAUCGCCCGAGUGAGGGUGGUGUCCUAGAGGGGCGUGGCCUGGAGGAUGCUACCUAGAGGGGCGUGGUAAGGAGGGGUGUGGCCUAGAGGGGCAGGGCCUUGAAAGGUGUGGCCUGGAGGGGGGUCGCCAUGUCGUCUGGUUCCAACAGAUGUUCGUCUGUACCUUCAAAAUAAAAGUGUCAUGUAGCAGUUUAAAAUGAAAUAGGCAAGCUAAGUACAGAUUCAAAAGAAGUAGCAUAUGGAGGCUUAACUUAAUUUAUUUAUUUAAUAUUUAUAAUAAGGCUUGCAAAAAUUAUUUGAUGGCAAUUUGCUGACACUCAGACAUGAAAAAAGACUAAAAGACUUACUUAUAAGCUGCACGUUUAGUUGCUUACUUUGACUGUUUCCAACUGUCCAAAAAAAAACACAAGUCAAGUACUUCCUGUGGGAAAUCAGCUUUGCCAUCUAAAUUGCAAUGCAUUUGGUUUCAAACACAAAAAUUGCAUUGCAAUGACAUUUAUUGAAUGAUCAAAUAAAGUCCAUAUAUCUACCAAUCAUGUACAUAGUGGAACACAGAGGUCAUUGAAACAAACCUGUUGCCAAACAUAACAAAAUAAUAACUUUGUCAAAUAAAUCCGUGAUUGAGAUGCAUGUCAGAAUUCACAUUUGCUGUAUUAAUUUCGUCUGGAUUAAAAAUAUUCCAAAACUAAAAAAUGGCCGUAU